AUGUCAAUUGGAGACAGCUGGUCAAAGUUCAUGGGCAGCAUGGACAAAGAGCAAUCAUUUGCCCUACUCGACGCCUUCGCUGCCGCAGGUGGCAACUUCAUCGACACAGCAAACAACUAUCAGGACGAACAAUCUGAAGCCUGGAUCGGCGAAUGGAUGGCAGCGCGCGGAAACCGAGACCAAAUGGUCAUCGCAACCAAGUUCACCACAGACUACCGCAGCCACGCUCUAGGCAAGGGCAACACGCCAAACACUUGCGGAAAUCACAAGCGAAGCAUGUUCAAUAGUGUCCGUGAUUCGCUCCGCAAACUCCAAACUGACUUCAUCGAUAUUCUCUACCUUCAUUGGUGGGACCAUACGACCUCCAUCGAAGAAAUAAUGGACUCACUGCAUAUCCUGGUUGAACAGGGCAAAGUUCUAUACCUCGGUAUUUCCGAUACUCCGGCUUGGGUCGUUUCAGCAGCAAAUACCUAUGCCCGCGCGCAUGGAAAGACUCCCUUCUGUAUCUACCAAGGACGAUGGAACGUGAUGCUCCGAGACUUUGAGAGAGAUAUUCUUCCCAUGGCACGCCACUUUGGUAUGGCGCUUGCACCUUGGGAUGUGCUGGGUGGUGGACACUUCCAAAGCGAGAAGCAGAUAGCCGAACGGAAGAAGAAUGGCGAGAAGCUACGAAGUUUACUCGACGACGGGCAGACGGAUGAGGAGAAGCGGAUUUCACAGGCUCUCUCGACUGUUGCAGCAGAGCAUGGUAUUGAAUCUGUGACUGCUAUUGCCUUAGCCUACGUUCUUUGCAAGGCGCCGAAUGUGUUUCCGCUUGUUGGUGGGCGGAAGGUUGAGCAUUUGCAGGACAAUAUUCAGGCUUUGAAAAUUCGUUUAACCGAGAAGCAGAUUGAAUUCUUGGAGAAGGCGAAGGAGUUUGACGUUGGAUUUCCGAAUAAUUUGAUUGGGUUUGAUCCAAAGACGACUGGUGGAGUGGAUGGCUCCCUUGUGGGAAGGUUUGCAAAGGUUGAUUAUGUGUUAGCUCCGCGGGCGAUUGGGUAUGAGCCGGGGAAUUAG